AAUAGAUCGAAAAUUCCUUUCACUAUUGAAAAUCAGGACCGUUAAUAACCACAACGCUGAUUAUUCAUACAGCUACAUCUACAGAGCAUAUACGUUCGUCAAUCAUUGCGGAAAUUGCUCACACAUAUGCACGCCCUCGACUACUGCCCUAUCUGAUAUACUAACUUAAUUAGCUUUUAGUUGUCAAAAGCAUUUUCGGGUGGACUCAGGGAAAAGUCAGUCAAAUUCAACAACCAGGCUGAAAUCGAGUCAAGCUGAUAACAAAGUAAGUGUUUUGAUUUACGCCAGGACAUGAAGAACAUGUCUUCCGUAGAAAUAUUGAAUAUUUGGAAAGAUGGUGUGACUUUUAUGGAGAAGGGCAAGUAUGAGGAUGCACUAACAAACUUUAUGGCUCUGAAAGGAAGGACUGACUCUUCUCAGCACCUGAUUACCUCAGGCAGAAAUCUGUUUAAUAUUGGACAAAUGUAUCUGGCCCUUGGAAGAAUGGAAAUGGCAGCACAGGCAUUUGAAGAGUCAAUAGCUAAAGACCCAAUGAUGGCGAUUGCCCAUUAUAUUCUGGGAAGAAUCAAUUUGGCUUUAGAUAGAAAUGAAAGAGCCUUAAAGAACUUUAGCGAUGCUGCUUUAUUUCUUCGUGGAAACAAGUUGAUAAAUUAUAAUCAAUUAGGCUUGAAGGUUAACCUUUACUUGUGUGAGAUUCUAGCCAACAGGGCCGUCGCUCAGUCCAGAUUAGGGAAUGUCGAAGAAACAAAAAAUGAUUUCCUAAUGGCCUUACAAUUCAAGAUGGAGCCACGGCAAAGCAUCAUUCAGGAUCUUCUUCUUUCCUGGCAGUCUGGGCAGAGUGUAGAGCCUCUUAAGAUGCCAUCGCCAUCCGUUUUCAAACCGUCAAAAGGGGUUACUGAUGCUGUAAAAAAAGAGCCUAAAUUCAUGGGACAUUCUAAGGUCAUUGCUGAGGUUCAAGUCAGGAGUUUUCCCGGCCCACGAAGUACACCUUCUAGUCCUCAACCGAAACGUUCCCCACCUCGUCCUACAACCCCCUCAAAAUUUGUGGUAGAUGAGUCUCUUGCCGAACAACACCUCCCUCAAGUAGCACAUGCGGCAUCCACGAGAGAUGCACUGCUAGGCGAUUUACGGAAAAACGAAACCCGUGGGUCCUUAAAGGAAGUCACAGCUAGGAAAGAACCUCCCACUAAACCGCUCCCCGUUCUCCCUAACUUCCUGGACAACCCUCAACAGUCGCCGCGCGCUUCUCCUACUCCGAGAUUUCCGAGAUCCGAUUCAGGAUAUCUUUCACCGCGUUCUUCAAUAAAGAGUUCAAAGAGUGAAUUUAGGCCAAUAACUCCACCAUCGCUUGAAAAUACGCGACCACAGACACCUGUUGAAAUGGGGCCUCCCUCCAAGCCCCUUCCACCUACUCCAGGAUCAAAAAGCCCAAGCCCGGUUCCUUCACGGGACAAAGUCUCGCCUGCCCAGUCUGGAAAAAAACGUGAUGUCGAAUUGGUUUUCACACAUUCUAUUACAGUGGACGAGUCAGUUUCAACCGUGGACCUUUUGAAAGCAGCAGCUGCUGCUUUUAAGCUGCCUGAAAAUUCAUUUGCACUUUGGUGCAUGAAGGACAACCGGCUUACAGUUUUAAAAGAUCAAGAUCUGGAAGAAAUCUUCCGCUCAUCAUCAGACAACAAUCCACAAGUUUUCUGCUACAAAAGCAAACAAGAAUGAAUGAGUUUCGACCGAAUUUUCGAUAGCGGUGAGGGUUUGAUCGACAGAUACAUACCUCGUGAAAAGCCCGUUCUUAAAGAAAAAGAAAAAAACUUGGCGUGGAACUCUGACUUGUAUCGAUCUCAUAAAUUUCGAAAUACAGAUCUCGAAAUACUCCUCUAAAUUAAGGGAGCUUUUUUUUUUUCUGCCUACCAAUAAAAAUGCCAAAAAUCCCGUUCGCGACGACGGUGGACACCUUAAGCAACCACGACGGCGACGGCAACGAGGACGCAGAAAAACAAGAGAUCUAAUUGGCAGAACAAUAGCUCA